AUGAUAAACAAUAGGUACAUUGUUCAUUUCAAAUUGCAUCCCUUUCAGGAAGCAGCAUUAGAUGGACUGAAAGCAGCAAACCCUGAUCGGCGGUUUUGGUUAAAGUUGGAUGCUACCGAUAUGAAAGAGUGUCUGAUGGAAUCUGUGAAGGGGGUUUGGAAUGGCGAUGUUGACUUGGGUGAUGGGAAAUUGAAGGAGCUGCCGUCAGAAUAUGAAACAAGGGUGCAGUCAUUUAAGCUGAUGCAGAAGGCAAGAGAAAGAAGAGAAUCAGAGGAAGCAUUACAAAAACGGUUGGAUGAGUUAGAAGUGGACAGGGACUUCUUAGUUGCUGGGCUGAAUAAUGCAGUGGAAGACUACAGAAAGAAGUACAACAACAACACUACAUCUGAACAAUCCUUGAAGAAUGCUAAUUGGGAAGUGGUGGAGCACCAGACUCUUCUUCAACAGGCGCAAUCUCUCAGCACCAAAACUGUGCUUGCCUCCCUCAACCCUACCACAUGUACUAACAGGUUAUUUCUGCAGGCCACAGCUAUUGUUAAAGAUCUGAAAGUUGAUCAAUUUCUAAGGAACCUGUUCAAAAAGAAAAGAACAGCUGCAUCACACGUCCUGGUGUUUAUGUUAUCUGACGAGAGAAGGUUGCAGAAGCCAUAUGCCUUUCCCAUAAGGUAUAUACCAUACAAGACGCUAAAGGACCAAUACGUCCGUGAUUUUGGCAAGGUGAUGAAAUUGAAGAUGAAAGAGAAAGGCCUUAAACUUGUAGGUAAGUUUGUAUUGAUUAUACCAAAAAUUUAGAUGGCUUCCUCGUGGUCAUGUUACUUUUUAUUUGCAACUUUUAAUGUUCAGUUAUUGUUAAUAGCAUCUCAUAGAUGUAAGCUCAGGAAAUAAAAUUUUAACUCAACUAACUUAAAGGUAGGUUGUUAGAAAUGAGAAGGAAAAUGGGCCAAGUUAACUUUAUCAAAGACUUCUGGGAAUGUUAGAGGGACAACAAAAAAAAUCAGCCAGUAGCUGAUUGGUGCAUUCCCAGUAAUGAUUCCAGAAAACAUUUGGUGAUAUGCCUUUUGGCUCUGACUCGCUUGUAAGUGACAAUUACUUACAAUGUACUUCAUAUCCUAAACCGCUUUCUUACUCAGUGAAUUGUCCAGUUAGGAGGGUGAUGGAGAGUUAGCAGAGCUCUAACUGCAUGCAUGGCUCAUCUCAAGUUAUAUGUACUAACUUGCACUUACACCAUUCUGUCAAUUUAAGGUGUGGUGUCAAACGGAGACUUCUGUUCCUUGAGAACACGCGGUGAAACAAGGGCACUGCAUACUUGGCAGUUCAUUCAUGAUGUAAAGGAGGCAGUAAAGAAGAUGAGCAAAACAACAUUGCUGGAAAUGCUCAAAACGACCCACAGUAAGACAGUUACUUCAUUUAUUUUUUGGAAUAUCUUGGUGUCUGUUUUAAUAAUUUUGCUUUAAUUUCCCCAAAUGCAAUUGUCAGUAGUUGACAAAUGACAGUUGAAAUGAUUUGUAUGACCCUCUAUCAAAAAUUCAUAAUCAGAGGACCUGGUGAAAAUAUUGUAUCUUGUAUUAUGUUGUAUUUCUAAUCAUCAAUAUUAUUAGUAAUUAAGUUAAUCUUUUUGCAGUGGAUGUGCAUAGCACACCACAAACAGCUGCCAAUCACCCAGCUAUCCCAGGGGAAGUCAUUCUGCGGCUGCACAACCUAAGGUUUGCUGAGGGCAUGACCUUGGAAGAUGCUGUUACUGUCAUACGAGGUGGCCUGUUACCAGAUGGAUAUGAGCCAUACCCAUUCCGCAAAAAUACACCAGAGUCUCUUUUGGACAAGCUUAGGUCCAUUGUGGCAACAUAUAUGUACAGCCACACAAUAAAGGAAUUACAGCUGGAGGGAAUUGAUUUUGCUCACCAUCUUUAUGUGCCUGAAAUCGACCCACACCCUGGUGAACAGCACCACGAUCGUGGUGACCACAAUCACAUUUAUAAAAGGAUAGUCCAGCAUGUGAGGAAUGGUGGCUAUGAUGGUAUUCACUAUGAGGCAUUUGAUGAUGUUUUGAAAGACUCGCAAAGUGGCCUCACCCAUGAUGCACUCAUUGGAAAACGCAAACAAAGUUUGAAAGAUGCUGAGCGGCGUUUAUCCUACCAUGUUGUUGAGCCUCUUAAGAGGAAUGGCCAUAACAGAGAGGCAGAAUAUGUGAAGGUUCUUGUGAACUGGCAUGAAGCCUCAGAUGGUCGUGGCUUAUCCCAACUAACCAGAUGCCGGUACAAUUAUUAUCACAUGCUAUCAUUCAUCCUUGAUGAAUGGAUGCCAUGGCAUCAUUCAAGUUAUGAUUUCUCAACAAUCGAUAUCAACAGGUAUUUUUAAAAAAAUUUCAGGUCAACUCAGGUUUCAUGUUAUAAAUCAAUGUCAAAAUUCCAAUAGAGAUAUGAAUUUCUAUAAGAGAAAUAGCCAAAUAAAGUUGAGUGAGAAAAUAAUGAUUAUUUGGUGAUUGGUUUAUGAAAGGAUAGCAAUCCAGGAUAUUAUUUGACAAGGUUACGCACGUAAACAUAUUUACUAGUUUUAUUUCUAAAUGUGACCUGGUAAUAAUAUUGAAAUACUAGGUCACAGCUUCUUUGUUAAAAUGUUAAUUUACAUUUAGUGAGUACUGUAGGAAAUAAGCGUUGACAGGCCAAACACGACUCAUAAGCUCGUGAUAAUGUGAAACGUGACCUUGAGAGUCUGCUUGAACAGUGGUUCUCUUUCUUUUUUCUCUCGCGCGAAGGUUACUAGCACUACACAGUGCAAGACGUGUAGCAUUCUAAACUUUGACUGUGUAGUGCUAGUAACCUUCGCGCGAGAGAAAAAAGAAAGAGAACCACUGUUCAAGCUGACUCUCAAGGUCACGUUUCACAUUAUCACGAGCUUAUGAGUCGUGUUUGGCCUUUCAACGCUUAUUUCUUACGCUUUUAUCUAUAGCGUACAAAGAUAUGAAUGUUUUUAUACUAUCCAGAUCUGGGUAGUGCCUAAGAUAGGUUGUGUCACGAGGGAAAUUUCCUUCAACCAACCAGAAGCACUACCCAGAUCUGGGUAGUGAACAUAAUCGGUUUGCAAUUACUGUAGUCAUCACUCAGUCAUUACUCAUGGAAAACUAGUGGUGGCAUCGCAGAAUGGCAGCUGUUUCUCAAGCUAUAUAUAAAUUUAUUAUUAUUAUCAUUAUAAUAAUAAUUUUAUUUAUUAUUAUUGUCUAUUAUUCUUCAAGAAGUGUCAUUUUUUUUAGGCCAGUUGAAAACAUCCGUGGGUUUUCCGGGGAAACUGUAAUAGAGGUGACCACAAAUAUUGAGAGUCAGGAAAGGAGAAGGCUGCUGAACAAAGAAUUGGGUUGUGCAGAACACCCUCGAGCUGCUGUCACAGAUGACUUGGAAACGUUUUACAGCAUUACACAUAGAGACCUGGGAAAUGUAUUCAUCUUGAAGCAAUUUAAAGAGUACUGGCCGAAGGGAGUGAGGUGAAAGUAUUAAAAUAUUUACCAGGACAUCCGGGGGAGGGGUGGUGGUGGUGUUGCUUAAUGAACAGUUAAUUGACUCCACAAUACAAUUCCAUUCAAAUGAAAUCAAAUUUCCGCAGUUUACCCGCCCCAUAAGAGGAAAAGAACUACUUUUUAAAGAGAUGACCAUGUUUCUCAAUCUGUGAAUGCCAGUCACCAUUGGCACAGGUAACACUGCUUUGAGAGCAAAGACAUACAGAUCAUAGGAGGGCACCCAAAAACAAAACAUUUUUUAAUAUCCCUGGAAUUUAGUUUAGUGGCUAAAUGCAAAUCGUAUUCAUUAAAAACAUUAGACAGUUAAAAGGUGAUAUAAGAUCCUUUUGAUGUAAAAAUUUCAGGCUCAUAAAAGGGCUCCAGCCCCUCCCCCUGGAUCCACCACUGAGUAGUGUGCCACAAAGUCUACAUGCAAAUCAACGUAAUGGGAUUGAUAAUUUUGAGGAAAUGCAAACUGGUAAGAAUUAAAAUAAAAAUUAUGUUGGCUGUGACUCAUUCACUUCAUUCAUUCAAGCGUUAAAAUUCUCGGCUUCCCAUUGAGUUUUUAAACCUGAUAAUACACUCCUGCUCGUUUUUUACACAGAACAAUGCAAACCUAUUCACCUUUGUUGUUAAUUACUCCAAAAAUAAGUCAAGCCAUUUAUUCCUACAGAGAGUUUACAAAGAGAAUGGAUGGAGACCUCCCAUUUUAUUAUUGGACCCUCAAUGAGAGAUAUUCAGAUGAAGAUUUGCCUUCAUUUGACCAUUGCCCUGCUAUUGAUGAAGACCAGGACUUGAGGACACAUCCUUUACGUCUUCACAGACUGACAAUUAAUCAAAGGGAAGACAGUUCUAUCUUUGUAUCUGGACAUGCCCACUUGCCAUCUAGGCACAAAAAAAGUAUCCGGCAAUCUUUUCACAAGCCAGAAAGUAUUCUGCCAGAU